UAAGUUCCUGUGACUCUUUGUUUUCUCUUGUCUCUUGAUGCAUUGCUGAGGAUGUGUCAUAUACAGUACCAUAGUGUCUGAUGGUGAACAUGAAGCUUUUCUGUUGUGCAUGUGUUUUUAUUAGUUGUGUCUGUUUAAUUACUUUACAGCAAAGAUGAACUCGACAUUCUCACCAUUGUCGUACUUUAUUCUCGGGGGUUAUUUAAAUGAAGGAAAGUUGACCUAUUUUUAUUUCACCAUCACAAUUUCACUGUACAUCAUGAUUGUUUUUUCCAACAUGUGUGUGAUUGCAGUUAUUUGUAUGAACAGAAGCCUCCAUGAACCUAUGUACCUGUUUCUGUGCAGCCUGUUUGUAAAUGAACUGUACGGUAGUACAGGAUUGUUUCCAUUACUGCUGAUCCACAUCCUCUCUGAUGUUCACACUGUUUCUGCCUCUUUUUGUUUCCUGCAGAUUUUCUGUUUGUACACUUAUGUACAUGUGGAGUUUUGUAGUUUAGCUGUGAUGUCGUACGACAGGUACCUUGCCAUCUGCUGCCCUCUGCAGUAUAACACACGUAUGACGACUCACAGGGCGUUGGUCUUCAUUUUCAUUGUGUGGAUUUACUCUUUUGUGAAGUUUUUAAUCACAUUGUCUUUAAACCUGCGCCUGACGCUGUGUGGAAACAUCAUAGACAGUUUGUAUUGUCAUAACUACCUGGUCGUUAAGUUGGCGUGCUCUGACACCACCGUAAACAACAUCUAUGGACUAUUUGGUGUCAUUAUCACUAUUGUAGUUCCUCUGGUUCCCAUCUUCUUUUCCUAUUUGAGGAUUUUAAAAGUCUGUUACUCUGGUUGUAGAAAGACGAGACUGAAAGCUCUCAGCACCUGCGCACCUCACCUGGCCUCACUGCUCAACUUCUCCUUUGGUUGUAUGUUUGAGAUUCUUCAGAGUAGGUUUGAUAUGAGUGCUGUAGCCAGAGUCGUGCGUAGCAUGCUGUCUCUGUAUUUCCUCAUCAUUCAGCCUCUGCUGAAUCCAGUAAUGUUUGGAUUGCAAAUGACCAAAAUACGAAAUGCCUGUAUACAUGUCCUCGGCUGUAAGACAUUGGCUGGUCACAGUGGAAACUUGGGUAUUUAAUUAUUUCACUGAACUAAAUAGUAAUAAUGUGAUCUCAGUGGAAAUUAGUUUUUCUUGUGCAUGUUACAGAAAUCAGAUUGUCAAACAUUAGUACUACUACUAUUAAUUAUCUGUCUGUCCGUCCGUCUAAACUUUAUUUCCCACUCCAUCACAGAUAAAUUGUGAUAACAGCACAGCUGCACUUUGAAACUGAUUAUUUUGAAUGGCCUCCACUGCAAACACAGCGCACCCUUAGUCAAGCUUGCUUGAGUGCAGCUACUGUUGUUCUACUUCCCAUAUUUCUUUGAUAUUGUCAGUGCUGUGUGUGUGUCAUCAGUCACUUUUGUAUACGUAUAAAACAUAUUUUGUU